AUGAGAUUCCCACUAUGGAGUGAUCCUUACAUCCAAUAAAAAGCAGCCAGUUACCGACACAGCACUCAUGCCACUAUGACGACAUUGGUAAUAUCCUUCCAGGCAUCCUGGAACAGCGAUGGCAAACUUCAAGGGCCAUGCUCUCCCAGGGAGCUUCUUUCUAAUAGUGGGGCUGUGGUGGUCAGUGAAGUACCCACUGAAGUACUUUCACCACAAGGGCUUGAAGAAUAACAGACUGAGCCGUCAGCAGGAGCGCAUUGAGAUCAUUGAAGGUGCAGUGAAGACUCUGUUUGCAAUCAUUGGGAUCCUGGCAGAGCAGUUUGUUCCAGAUGGACCUCACCUGCACCUCUACCACGAGAACCAAUGGGUCAAGCUGAUGAAUUGGCAGCACAGCACCAUGUACCUAUUCUUCGGUGUCUCGGGACUCAUGGACAUGAUCACCUACCUUUACUUCCACAUCGUGCCCCUGGGGUUAGACAGAGUGGUUUUGGCUAUGGCCGUAUUCAUUGAAGGUUUUCUCUUCUACUUCCACGUUCACAACCGCCCUCCCCUGGACCAGCACAUCCACUCCCUGCUGCUGUUCGGUCUUUUCGGAGCAGCUGUCAGCAUCUCUCUGGAGGUUAUCCUUCGGGAUAACAUCGUGCUGGAGCUCUUCCGAACCAGUCUCCUUAUCUUGCAGGGAACCUGGUUCUGGCAGAUUGGAUUUGUCCUGUUCCCGCCAUUUGGAAGGCCAGAAUGGGACCAGAAGGACAUGGACAACAUCAUGUUCAUCACCAUGUGCUUCUGCUGGCACUACUUGGUUGCUCUCUGCAUCGUAGCCAUCAACUACUCCCUUGUUUACUGCUUUCUGACUCGGGUGAAGAGACGUGCAGAAGGAGAAAUCAUUGGGAUUCAGAAGCUGAAGUCUGAUCACACUUACCAGUCAGCCCUUUUGAGUGGCUCGGAUGAGGAGUGACAUCAAGCAUGGGGGUGUGGAGACCUCACAUCCUUUUUAAACAACACUGGAAAGGAUGCAGCCUGUCCCCUGUACUUCAAGGCUUGCCUUAUGUGCUCCUGUCCCUGGUACUCCAAGGCUUGCCUUAUGUGCUCCUGUCCCUGGUACUCCAAGGCUUGCCUUAUGUGCUCCUGUCCCUGGUACUCCAAGGCUUGCCUUAUGUGCUCCUAGGGCUCUAUAUGCUGCAUCCCUCAUCUACUACAAAGCUAGAGGCUCAAAUACAGGAAAUUAGACCUCAAGUGUUUUUUAUGCACCAUGUUAUUGGAAUAUUUAAGCAUAGUUUAACUUAAAAUCUGUAUUAGAGUAGUAACACUGUCCACACAGAAAAGUGAACACCUUCCAGAAGCAGGCCUGUCCUUAUAGAGCAAUGACUCGAAGACUCUGAAUUACACUAGGAAGCGACCAUGUGGAUGAAGCAGGCCGGACAUCACGUGCUGCUUCUGAUAACUUGCCCCUCUUCUCUCAAUCAAGCAGGUACUUUCUUCUCAGAAAAGUACCACAAGUUAGAUGGCGACAAAUGUACCACAUUUUCUGUAUCCAUUCCUCUGUUGAGGGACAUCUGGGUUCUUUCCAGCUUCUGGCUAUUAUAAAUAAGACUGCUAUGAACAUAGUGGAGCAUGUGUUCUUAUUACCAGUUGGAACUUCUUCUGGGUAGAUGCCCAGGAGAGGUAUUGCUGGAUCUUCCAGUAGUAUUAUGUCUACUUUUCUGAGGAACCUCCAGACUGACUUCCAGAGUGGUUGUACAAGCUUGCAAUCUCACCAGUAGUGGAGAAAUGGAUGUAUCUUGAGGAUAUCAUCCUUAGUGAGGUAACCCAAUCACAAAAGGAGACAUUAGAUAUGCAUUCACUGAUAAGUGAACUUUAGCCUAGAAACAUAGAACACCCAAGAUACAACUUGAAAAACACAAGAAAAUCAAGAAGAGGGAAGACCAAUGGGUGGAUACUUCAUUCCUCCUUAGAAAAGGGAACAAAAUAUCCAUGAAAGGAGUUACAGAGACAAAGUUUGGAGCUAAGACAAAAGGAUGGACUAUCCAGAGACUACCCCACCCAGGGAUCCAUCCCAUAAUCAGCCACCAAACCCAGACACUAUUGCAUAUGCCAGAAAGAUUUUGCUGAAGGGACCCUGUUAUAGCUGUCUCGUAUGAGGCUAUGCCAGUACCUGGCAGAUACAGAAGUGGAUGCUCACAGUCAUCUAUUGGAUGGUACACUGGGCCCCCAAUGGAGAAGCUAGAGAUAGUACCCAAGAGCUGAAGGGGUCUGCAACCCUAUAGGUGGAACAACAAUAUGAACUAACCAGUACCCCUAGAGCUCGUAUCUCUAGCUGCAUAUGUAGCUGAAGAUGGCCUAGUCAGCCAUCACUGGGAAGAGAGGCCCCUUGGUAUUGCAAACUUUAUAUGCCCCAGUACAGGGGAAUACCAGGGCCAAGAAGUGGGAGUGGGUGGGUAGGGGAGCAUGGUGGGGGGAGGGUAUAGGGAACUUUCAGGAUAGCAUUUGAAAUGUAUAUAAAGAAAAUAAUUAAAAAAAUCAAAAAAAGGAAGGAAGGAAGGAAGGAAGGAAGGAAGGAAGGAAGGAAGAAAAAAGUUAGAUGGCGACAGCUCAGUGUCUUCAAUGCAGAGCCAAUGCUCUAACACAUUUUAAAUAAAAAGCAACUCACAGGC